AUGUUUAAUUGUCGUGUAUGUAAAAGAAGAUUUGAUCGUCUAACAAGUCUUGAAAAUCACAAAAAAAUUCAUGAAAAUUAUUAUCAAGCUGAAAAUGGCACUGAUACCAGCACAGAUGACACCAGUACAGAUGAGAAAGUUGAAUACGUUACUGACACCAGUACAGAUGAGAAAGUUGAAUACGUUACUGACACCAGUUUAGAUGAGAAAGUUGAAUAUGUUACUUACACCAGUUUAGAUGAGAAAGUUGAAUACGUUACUGACACCAGUGCAGAUACCAGUGCAGAUGAGAAGUCCGUUACUGAUACUAGCAUGGAUGAAAAUGUGAAUGUUUAUAGUUUUGAUGAAUUAGAGAUAAUAAGUGAAGAAGAUAGUAAACAAAUAUUCGGUAACCAAGACUUCGUUGAUGAAACUAGCAUGAUAUUUGAUGUCCAAGAUAUUGUCGAAAAUCAAGAUAUUCUUGACCGAAAUAUCGCUUGUGAGACCGGUCAAAUAUCUGAAGAGUAUAUAGUAGAAAACAUCCAGGAGGCUAUUAAUGAAUUUUGGAGUGAUGAUAGUUAUUGUAGUGACGCUAAUGAGGCAAAUAGUGCGGUCUUUCCACAUGCUGCAUAUCGAGAUUUUGAUCAAAUA